AUGUUCCAUAUUACCGUUGGCGACCCGCACAAGGUUGGCGAUCUUACAAGCUCACACAUCGUGUAUGCUGUUAGAACACAGACAACUUCAAAGGCAUAUAAGCAACCGGAGUUCGAGGUGAAGAGAAGAUAUCGAGACUUCCUAUGGCUGUACAAUACCCUACAUGCAAACAAUCCUGGAGUAGUUGUUCCGCCUCCUCCUGAGAAGCAAGCUGUGGGUCGGUUCGAGAGCAACUUCAUCGAAUCUCGACGAGCUGCUUUGGAAAAGAUGUUGAACAAGACAGCAGCACACCCCACAUUGCAGCACGAUUCAGAUCUUAAGAUUUUCCUCGAGAGCGAGGCUUUCAAUAUUGAUGUCAAGCACAAGGAGCGCAAAGAGCCAAAUCUUGGAGAGAGCAAGGGGUUAAUGAGCAGCCUAGGCCUCAGCGUCGGUGGUGGCAGCAAGUUCGUUGAGCAAGACGAUUUGAAGGGCUUGUUGAAGGCAAUGGAGACUAUGGUUGCUCAACGGAAGGCGAUGGCAGAAGCUGCAGGUGAUUUCUCGGCGUCUCUGCAUGCCUUAUCUACUGUCGAGCUGUCACCUACACUUUCAGGGCCUCUAGAUGCCCUAUCGGAACUCCAGAUUACCAUUCGGGACAUCUACGAUCGGCAGGCCCAACAGGACGUCUUGACCUUUGGUAUCAUUAUCGAGGAAUAUAUCCGUCUCAUUGGCAGUGUGAAGCAAGCCUUUACCCAACGCCAAAAGGCAUUUUACUCCUGGCAUGCAGCCGAGUCCGAGAUGCAGAAGCGGAAGGCCAACCAGGACAAGCUGCUCAGACAAGGAAAAUCCCAGCAAGACCGCCUUAACCAGAUCAGCGCGGAGGUAGCAGACGCUGAGCGCAAAGUACAUCAAGCGCGUCUGUUGUUCGAUGACAUGGGGCGGCUGAUGCGCGCUGAGCUUGACAAAUUCGAGCGCGAGAAGGUCGAGGACUUCAAGUCUGGCGUCGAGACUUUCCUUGAGAGUGCUGUGGAGGCACAGAAAGAGCUGAUCGAGAAGUGGGAAACUUUCCUAAUGCAGUUGGAUGCUGAAGACGAUGAGACGGUCUUCUACAGGCCACCAGUCUUCCAGGCCUCUGACAAGCCUGCUGGUGACACAGCCGUCGACCGAGCACGAGCUCGUAUUGAUGAGGAUUCUGACUAA